AUAAAAGAAAGAGAGAGAAAAAAAAGACCAAGAAUAAAUUUUCAAUAUUUGCAUUAUCUCACUUCACGCCCGUGUGUAUAUUUUCUCACCUUCCGAAGCCCUCACUCUUCUUUUGAUGAAGUACUCUUUCGUCUCCUUUCUGAGAAGCCAAAAACUAAUAUCCAUAUCACUGUUGGACACUGCUCUGCUGUCUUCAGAAAGACUAAAUAAUAAUUGAUUUUGAAGUGUAGAGUUAUUAUAUAUGCCCAUGUAGGGUCUUACAGUGUAACAGUAUUUUACACCACAAUUCUUUAGUAACUUCUGAAUGCUCGUCUUUCCUUGUUAAGCUAUACAAUUACUAUUCAUGUGCUUCCUCAGUCACUUUCUCAUGACACCAUUUUUGCUUCAAAAAUGAGGCUGAAUCAAUUUUAACAAGAGAGUUUGCAUUUGCUAGACAUUUCUCUGCUUCUUACGGCCCUAAAUCAUUCUUCCUCAAGAAAGCUCACAGCUGUCACUGCCAUGGAUCUCUCGACACCCAAAUAUUUUCAAGCUCCAUUUUUUGCUUCUAAUGGGGAGCCAACACUGGAGACUCAUUCAACAAGCUUAUAUGGCAAGAGUAAAGACCAUCCAUUUGCAGAUACAUUUCAAGACCCACUUUGCAAGCUUAAUCUUAAGGAGACAUCUGAAUUUGUAAAGUCAUUCCCAAUGGCAAAUAGCAGUAGCAAAGAAUGUAGAGGGUUCCUUGAAGUACCAACUGCUCAAGGAAGAAGAGAAGGAGUGAACUCAGUAGUUACUCCAAGAAGAGUAGAAACUCCUUCUACACCUGGUAGGCCAGUAUUCAACUAUAGUAUUGGUAAUAAUCUUGCAAAAAAGAACUUUCCUUCUAAGUGGGAUGAUGCAGAGAAAUGGCUGAUUAGUAGCUCUUGCCAUGAAUCUCCUGCUCAUGUGUUUAAGCCAUCGCCGGAAGUUUCAAAGAUUUCAAAGCCGUGUGAUAACUUUAAGCAGCAAAUGGAGGUCUUUGCGGAGAAAUCAAGAGUUACUGAGGAAAAAGUUUCAAAAUAUGUUUCCAGCUUUCAAGGGUCUUUUAUGGCUUUGGACCAGCAUAACAACUCAGGGGAUGGGGUUUCAGUUUCUCAAGAUGUGCUUCUAAAAGAUAAGUUCACUGAUGAGGUAGAACCAGUUUUGCCAAAUUUUAGAUACUCUGAGCCAUCCAAAGAAGGAUUUCUUUUUAGAAACUCAGCCAGUGAAGCAAUGAGAGAUGCUGGCACUGAAGUAAUUCAGGAGGUGAAACACAGAGAUGUUGGGACAGACAUGACUCCAUUAGGAAGUUCAACAACUUCUAGAUGCCAUACGCCAUUCAAAAGUUCAUCACCUGCUCGUCACAACACACCUGCUAAUAGGUCAGGUCCUUUGCCCUUGGGAAAUUCUAGCAGCUCCAACAGCACCAUUGACAUCGCACAGCUACAAGAAUGCCAUUUAGCUAAGCUACAACUUGGUUCGCAAUAUGAUUCUGUUACAUCGAAUUGGAGCUCAAGGGAAGAGGAGGAAGAGGACAUAUCAAAGAGCCUGAGACACUUUGAAACAGGCAUUAUAUGCCGGAGAAGUGUAUCAGAUUCAAGAGCUGCUGCAUGGGAGGAAGAGGAAAAGACAAAGUGCUGUCUUAGAUAUCAGAGAGAAGAAGCAAAAAUUCAAGCUUGGUUGAAUCUCCAAACUGCAAAAGCCGAAGCUCAAUCAAAAAAGUUAGAGGUGAAAAUACAAAAGAUGAGAUCAAACUUAGAAGAGAAGUUAAUGAAGAGAAUGGCAAAUGUGCAAAGAAAAGCUGAAGACUGGAGAGCUGCAGCACGACAGCAGCACACUGAUCAAAUCCAAAGGGCCAGUGAACUAUCAAAGAAGAUGAUGAACAGACAUAAUAAUUUACAAUUCUCUAGCCACACUUCUUGUGGCUGUUUCCCUUGCAACAGGCAACAGCCAUCCUUGAUAUGAUGUAGAAACAAAAAAUAGAUGUAUCUCAGACUCAAGAGUUCUUUCUAAACAAAAGCCAAAAAUACAUUCUUGUU